GCGUGGUUCACACGUGUCUGUCCGCGGGUCCCUCUCCACGUUCCCGCUCCCCGCGUGGCGCGGGAAGGGGCGUUCCCGCCRCGCUUUAGACUCCGUUUAGAUGGGGCGGGUGUGACCGGCACUCGGCAGCUCUCGCGGGGGAAGAGAGGAGCGUUCAAACACCCCCGGAGCGAGCAACGCGGGAAUGCUGUCAGGGGCUGGCGUGGGGGGAACCUCGGGCUGUUGCCCCGCGCUGCCGGGCCCCCCGUUGCUGGGCGAUCAGCAGGUACUUUCUCUGUGGAAGAAUUAGCAGUGAAGAGGCCGCUGAUCUUAACUUUUGGAAAAAGUGAGAAAAUGGCGUCAGAAGACAUCACUAAGCUUGCGGAGUCACUUGCCAAAACCAAAGUGGGUGGUGGACAGUUGAGCUUCAAAGGCCAGAGCCUGAAACUCAACACAGCUGAAGAUGCUGAAGAAGUGAUCAAGCAAAUUGAGGAAUUUGAUGGCCUGGAAGCCUUGCGUCUGGAAGGCAACACAGUGGGUGUGGAGGCAGCAAAGGUUAUUGCCAAAGCCUUGGAGAAGAAAAGUGAGCUCAAGAGGUGUCAUUGGAGUGACAUGUUCACAGGGAGGCUAAGGUCUGAGAUCCCUCCUGCUUUGAUAUCUUUGGGGGAUGCACUCAUCACUGCUGGAGCCCAGCUGGUGGAGCUGGACCUGAGUGACAAUGCCUUUGGGCCAGAUGGUGUGCGUGGCUUUGAGGUUCUCCUGAAGAGCCCUGCAUGCUACACUCUGCAGGAACUCAAGCUCAAUAAUUGUGGCAUGGGCAUUGGUGGUGGCAAGAUACUGGCAGCCGCUCUGAAAGAGUGUCACAGGAAAUCAAGUGCCCAGGGCAAGCCUCUUGCUUUAAAAAUAUUUGUGGCUGGCAGAAAUCGUCUGGAGAAUGAUGGUGCCACUGCCCUGGCUGAAGCCUUUGGGAUCAUUGGGACUCUAGAAGAGGUCCAUAUGCCACAGAAUGGAAUUAACCAUCCUGGUAUAACAGCACUGGCACAGGCCUUUGCUAUCAACCCAUUGCUUAAGGUUAUAAACUUAAAUGACAACACCUUCACAGAGAAAGGAGCUGUGGCCAUGGCAGAGACUCUGAAGGCGCUUCGGCAGAUUGAAGUGAUCAACUUUGGGGACUGCCUGGUGCGUUCCAAGGGUGCUGUUGCUAUCGCUGAUGCUGUUAAAGAAGGGCUUCAUAAAUUAAAGGAAUUGAAUUUGUCUUUCUGUGAGAUCAAACGAGAUGCUGCGCUGACUGUUGCUGAAGCUAUUGAAGAUAAGACAGAGUUGGAGAAGUUGGAUCUCAAUGGUAACUGUCUGGGAGAAGAGGUAUGUGAGCAACUCCAUGAGAUUCUUGAAGGCUUCAAUAUGGCAUCUGUGCUGGGAUCGUUGAGUGAUGAUGAAGGGGAGGAGGAUGAUGAAGAUGAGGAAGAUGAAGAUGAGGAGGAGGAAGAGGAACAGCCACAGCUGAAGGAGAGAGGUGUGGAAGAACAGGAGUCACUGACUCCUAAGAAGAUAAUUGAUUCCCAGGCUUCAACUCCAGUGCCAUCUCCUCCUGUGGAUGUUGCCACGUUCCUUGCUUUCCCAUCACCAGAGAAGCUGCUGCGACUAGGACCAAAGUGCUCUGUGCUGAUAGCUCAGCAGACAGAUACAUCUGAUGUAGAGAAAGUAGUUGCAACUCUCCUAAGGAUAUCCUCAGUCUUCAAAGAUGAAGCCCCAGUGAAAACGGCAGUGCAUGAAACAACAGAUGCUUUGAUGAAAAAAGCCUUCAGUUCUGCCACAUUUAAUUCAGAUGCAUUCAUUACAAACCUCUUGAUCCAAAUGGGACUACUGAAGAGUGAAGAGAAGAUCAAAGCUGUUCCAAGCCUCUAUGGUAUUCUUAUGACCUUGAACCAUAUGGUCCAGCAGGAUUAUUUCCCUAAAUCCUUGGCCCCAGUUCUCUCAGCUUUUGUCACAAAACCAAACCGUGCUCUUGACUCCUGUUCAUUUGCUCGCCACAUGCUCUUACAGACCCUCCACCAGCUGUAAGAGAUGAGAGGUGUGCCCUUUCCUUCCUCAUASGACUGUCAUCAGCAGAGAACUCGGAGCCGCAAAGUGGGAGAGGAUCCUAGAGCCCACAAAGACAUGCCAUUUUUUGGGGUUUUUUUUUCAUGUAGGAAGUCUGUCCUUCUGCUUUCAUAAACUUGAACAAAUCCUACUACUGAAUUGUCUUCCUACUCCUCUUGAAGUGAUUCCCUGGUCUGCAGGGCAGGUGCUUAUGCUAAAAUAAGUCUGUACUGCUGUGAGCUCAGCAUGAAGAGUUCUCCAUUUUGGUAGCAUUGGCAAGGGUGUGACUAACAGAAAAGGAGGGCCCAGAAGAGCUCUCAUCUGGAUCAACCCAGUUGGGCAUUUUAAUUUAUUGGACUUUGACUCCUGCCUGAUAACAUUUAGCACUUGCCAGAGGGAGGAUGUGCUGCUGCUGCUGCUGCUGCUGCCCGUGCUUUCCUGUGCCACUGGGGUUCUGCUCAUGGGUCAGAGGGGUGAGGUGUGACCCCCUUUGAUUCUUCUUUCAAGUCCAUUGUCAAAGGCAGCGUGUGGCUGAUUUUAGUUUUAAUAUACUCUUCCCCUUUUGCUGUGGCUUGGAAUAUCUCUGUGGUUUGGCUGAUUCUGGUGGCCAUGGCUUAAGGAAGCAAGCAUAUUUUAUUGUAAAUUUUUUGCCAUUGCUUGUUUUGUUCAUUAUUCCUGCCCUUUUCCUUCUCAUCCUAAUUAAAUAGGCUUGAUUUGAAAA